AUGGCGAUUCUCGAUCAAGCAGAUGAUUCCGGCGUUACUGCAGGUAGUCCUAUCGCUACCCCCAUUUCCGAGUCCAACAUCGAUCCGAAUUGUCCCUUUUACAUGCACCCUUCUGAUAACCCAGGUGCAAUGUUGGUGACGACUCCUUUCAGCGGUAUUGGUUAUCGAUCUUGGAGGAGGAGUGUUUUACGCGCUCUCUCCGUAAAAAAUAAGUUAGGUUUCAUCAAUGGUGAAUGCAAACGUCCAGAACCAGAUUCCCCAUCCUUCCGUCAAUGGAUGCGUUGUGACGAUAUGGUCACUUCGUGGAUUUUAAACUCCCUUGCUAAAGAUAUCGCAGAUAGCGUAGAAUACGCAAAGGAUGCAGCAGAGUUAUGGACAGAUUUGGAGGAUCGCUAUGACCAAACCAAUGGAACCAAACUAUAUCAGAUUCAGAAGGAAAUUAACGAUUUAUCACAAGGAGUACUCGACGUCACAGGUUACUACACAAAAAUGAAAAGGUUAUGGGAAGAGUUGAACAAUCUGAGUACCAAAUCUCAAUGCAGCUGUAAGUGCACCUGUGGAGCCAAGGAAUUCAUGCAUAAGGCCGAACAGGACAGGCGUCUGAUUCAAUUUCUGAUGGGACUUAAUGAAGUGUAUACGGUUGUGCGAGGUAGUAUUCUGAUGAUGAAUCCAUUGCCAUCAGUGGCUCAAGCAUUUUCUCUGCUAAUCCAAGAGGAAAAACAAAGGGAAGUUAGGCCAAGCAACUCGCUUAUGAUGGAAUCUGCACCUAUGAAUGUCAACUCUUCUAGGAAUAUCAGUCUGCCUACAAUGGAGUCUACCUCUUUAAAUGUCAAUACAUCUAGAAAUGAGGGCUUCAAGACCAAUUAUUCAACUGGGAAUCACCCGAAUAGCAGGCCUCAUCCGUUUUGCGAUUAUUGUAAACGCCCAGGACAUACGAAAGAUAAGUGUUUCAAGUUACAUGGUUACCCCCAAAAUAACACCUUUAAUCCUAGAUUCAAUAAGGGGAAAAGAGUUUCUGCAAAUGUACAUGGUGCACCAGUUGAUUCUAUGACAGUUAAGGAUGAUGGAAUGAGCUCUCAAGGGUGUAAUGACAACAACAACAACAACAUGAACUCUCCUCUUAACCUGACCAAGGAACAGUAUGGGCAGCUAUUCAGUCUACUACAACAAUUUCAUAUUGGGAAUGGAGGAGAGAACACCACCAGUCCGGCUCUAACCAAUGGAAAUGCCAAUUUUGCAGGUAUCUUCGCUUGUUCUGCCUCUGUCUUGUCCAUUGAUUUUGGUUUGCUGUCAUGUAGAUGUUUUACACCAAGUGCUGACCUCUGGAUCUUAGAUUCCGGAGCAUCCAAUCACAUGACUUUUAAUAAAUCCCUACUAUCUCACACCAAAACUCUUUCAUAUCCUUUGCUGAUCACUCUACCCAAUGGCUAUCGAGUGAAAGUGACAGAAAUUGGAACUGUAACACUUACAUCUCAGAUAGUAUUACAUAAAGUCCUUUAUGUACCUUCUUUCAAGUAUAAUCUCAUUUCUGUUCAUUGCCUUACUUCACAACUUAAAAGCCUGGUUGCCUUCACUGAUUCUUCAUGUCUUCUGCAAGCCCCUUCAAUGAAGAGGCCUCUGGAGAUUGGUGAGAUCAAGGAUGGAUUAUAUCUCCGUUUGCUCCAGCUGUCUAAAGACUCAGUUUCACUUCAGAUUCUGUCCCUUGAAUUCCUGCUAAUGUUUUCCCAUUUCAUGUCAUGUAAAACUGUUUANGGGGUUAUUGAGCUGUCGACGCCUGAUUGCAGAAACUCGAACCAUUUUCUCUUGCUACUUGGAACUGUUUUCCCUCGAAGCUUGCACCAUUUUCCCUUGCUCUCCAGGUGGGUGCCUGAUUGCUUGAACCUGAACUGCUUUCUAUUCUUGAAACUCGUGUUGUUCUCCCUUGCUCUCCAGACAUCAUUAAGAAUUUGA